UCUUGAGUUCAUCUUGCUCUCUGUGACACAGGAAAAGAGCGGUAUAUGACAGCAAUCGAAAAAGUGUCAAGUGGCCUUAGAUACAUAACCUAUAUUUUUGUUCGUAUGCUUAGGAAAUUUACGAAUUGUUAUACAAAAUGAUUUAGUUAAAUUUUUGAAAUCUUUAAACUGAAUUUUCAUAUUGGGGAAAUUUUUAAUAAAUUAAGUAUGAGCUUUCCGAUUUGUUAGAAAGCUUCUGAUUAAAAGAGGCUUCCACCUCAUAGUUGAAACAGUUGACAGACCCAGCUGUAGAAGAAGCUUGAUCCAGACAACAAAUGAAAUCGGAUUCGGAAACUGAGGAGAAAACAAGCGAGAUGGCAGACGCUCUCGCUUCAAAAGAAGUAGUAAACUAUCAGUCAACUUCUGGAGGGCCUGUUACAGUAGAAGAACCCGCAGACAGGUAUCAUGUUGUUAGGUUGACUAUGUAUUUGUUUGGAAUAACCUCACUUUUACCUUGGAACUUUUUUAUUCAGGCAAACGAUUACUGGAUGUACAAGUUCCGAAACGUGAGUGCUCCAUUUGAUCCUUCUUCAGAGGACAAGACAGACCUGCAAACGAUAUUUUCUAGUUACCUAGCCAUUGCAAGCAAAGUGCCCUAUGUGUGCUUUUUGUUAGUAAACGCUUAUGUCAGUAAUAGAUGUCUUCCUUCGAAAAGGAUACAGUGGCCUCUCAUGGCGAUGAUCUUAUUAUUUGCUUUAACCACUGCCAUCGUUUUUGUCAAUACAGAUAACAGUCAAAGAACAUUCUUUGCUGUAACAAUAACAAUAGUAGUGGCUAUAAAUUCAAUGUGUGGUUUCGUGCAAGGCGGAGGUACGGGGAUUGCUGGCAGUCUACCGAAGAGAUUUAUGGGCUACAAUGUCAAUGGCAUGGCACUUGGAGGUAUGCUGGCAUCAGUGGCACAAAUUUUAUCAUUGAUAGGAGAUACAAAACCAACAGACAGUGCAUUCUUUUACUUCGCUACAGCAACGAUCUUCCUCUGCAUCACAUUCGUCUACUUCCGACUCACCCUCCGAAGUGAACUGUUCAAUUUUUACAUGUCAAAACAGACUUCAAUGAUGAAGAAAAAUAGGCCAAGAGAGGAUAUCAGGAAAAUAUCAAACUGGGCUAUUUUCAAAAAGAUCUGGGUAUACGCAGUAUCCAUUGUCCUUGUCUUCUGGGUUACUCUCGCUGUCAUGCCAGCCAUUGUAGUGUUAGUAAUUUCUACAUCUCCAGAUGACACGUUAUGGACAGGUCGAUUGUUUUUACCAGUGGCAUGUUUCUUAUUAUUUAAUACUGCUGAUUUAGUCAGCCGUCUUUUUGCUAUGAGAGUAGCUAUACCUACUAGGUUCAAAUAUGCAACACUGACAUUAGCAUUAUUACGAGUGGUGUUCAUUCCGUUGCUGAUGCUAUGCAAUGCUUAUCCAAGAAAACAUUUGCCAGUCGUAUUUGAUAGCGACGUAGAUUUCAUCAUCAUUGUCAUCUUUUUCGCUCUCACGGGUGGAUAUGUAUGUACAAUAGUCCUCACUCAAGGUCCAAAGCAAGUUAAAGAAGAACACCAUGAACUAGCUGGUUCACAAUUAGCAUUCUUUCUUGGAGUUGGACUGAUGCUGGGAUCUGUGUCUUCAUAUGGACUUGUAGUUCUGCUUUAACAGAUCAAACACUGAGUGUUCUUCAAAAGGCAGCUAAUAUGAAAAAGUUGAGUGCAAAAUUAUUUUGCAGCAUUAGCAUUUAUAAGACAUCUGGCAGAACAAACACCACCAAAAUAAAAAGUGCAAUAAGUACUGCUGAAUCAGGGAAACUUUUAUGGUUGCCAUAAACACAUACUAUUUAAGUGUAUAUAAAAAUAAACGAGAAGAAAUAAAAAUUUUAAUCCUUUAAAA